AUGUAUUUAGCCGUGCUAUGUUCAAGUUGUGUAGUAAUAGCAUCAGCAUUCAUAAUGUUUUUUUCAAAGAAGUGGGAUUGUAGAAACCUGCACAUCUACAUAACUGGUGGAAGUCAAGGGCUCGGUCUUGCUCUGGCAAUCCUUGUAGCCAAGAAAGGCGCUCACGUCUCAAUCGUCGCUCGUAACCAGAUUAAUCUCGACAAGGCGUUGAUACAACUAGAGGCCGUUCGUCAAUCACCCAGUCAACUAUUCAAGGCAUACUCGUUUUCACUUGACAACGCAGAGGACUCCUCCGCAGCACUUCACGCGGCUAGUGAAGCUCAUGGCGGAAAUGCCCCAGACGCUGUAUUUACGUGUGCAGGUGGCUCAAAGCCGAUGUUCUUCCUUGAGAUGGAGGAGCAAGAUUUAACCCGAGGAAUGGUCAAUGGCUACUGGGUUCAGGCUUGGACUGCAUUUGCCGCUGCAAAACAGAUGGCACGAGAAGGAAAGAAGGGUAAAAUAAUAUUUGUCUCUUCAACUUUGGGAUACAUGUCCCUUGUUGGUUAUACAUCAUACUCCCCCGCAAAGCACGCAUUACGAGGCCUUGCAGAUUCGCUGAGGUCAGAACUCCUCCUGUAUGGCAUCGAUGUCCACUGCUUCUUCCCGCCUACCAUGUACACUCCUGGGUUCGAGGAAGAAAACAAAACAAAGCCUGCCAUCACUCGUCACAUCGAAUCCACUGACGAAGGACUGACAGCUGAGCAGGCAGCUUCUGCACUUCUUUCCGGUGUGGAGAAUGGCGACGUACAUAUCGCUGGUGAUUUGAUAACGCGCCUAUUCAGGGCAUCCACACGUGGUUCUGCUCCUCGUAGUAACUCACUCCUAGACGUUGCUCUAGAUUUCAUUGCUCUCAUCGGCGUUCCAUUAUGGCGACGAUCUGUCGACAAGCAGAUACUUGCUCAUCGAAAGGAACACCAAACAUAUCUCGAAGGUCGUGGAUUUUUUUGAUUUACCUUGCAUCAUAUAUUCAGCAGCUGGGAAGCCCUAAUUGAAUACCGCCUUGCUCUCGAUCCUCACCCUUGUCUUUCGUGCGUUCAUCAUGAUCGAUUUCUCAACUUGGAAUCAUAAUGUUACUUAUACUCAAAACCACGUAAUAUUUCUAUGGCAAUUGUACAUACAUUUUCUCGAAGGUCGAACCUUCUUGGUAACUUUCUUUAAUAUCAAGUACAGCUUUGGCUU